GUGUGCGCGUGCGUUGAUUGAUAUGAUGUGGGCCAUCUCCAUGCAUCAUGUACAUAUAAACUGACUAGGCUGUGAGAUUACCAGCCGACCAAAAUGGCAGCCUCCAUGAUAGUUGUAUUUUUUCUUGUGGUUAUCCUUCAGUUGUCCGGACAUUUUAUUCCUUUCGUCGUAAAACAAGUAAUGAAAGUCCUCUUUCAAGACAGUGAGAUGGAGAGAAGUAUUAAGGUUCAGAUGAAAAACCUGGUCGAAGAACAAUCAAAACUUCAUGUGAAAGAAGAAUUUCCUAAGUUCGCCAGAAUAGACCGAAAAAUUAACAAGCUAAGAGAUGAACUGAAGAAAAUAAGGCAAAGCAAAACUGCAAAAUCAUUUACCAUCAGUUGGGGUCUGACUAUAGCUCUGAAUUCACUUCAGACGGUUUGCUUAGUCUCUCUCAUCUGGAUGUAUCGCUAUGAGCCAUUGCUGGUCCUGAAUGAAGACUGGUUUUGGCCGCUGUCAUGGUUCAUUGCUUUCCCCAGUGGUGUGCCUGGUGCUAUUGGGAUUACAUGCUGGAUUCUGAUCUGUAACAAUGUACUAAAGAGAGGACAGAUGAUGAUCAAUGCUGUGUGGAUGCCAUCAAAGCAAGAGACAUGAUGAGAGAUGUAGGUUAGUUUAAUUAUAGUGUUGAAUAGAUCAUACAAGCUUAAAGAUGUGUUGCUGUGUGAAUUUUUCAUAAUAAAAGUCAGUUAAGACACUUUUUUGGCAACAGAAGACUUUGAAUUUCUCUUUCAGUAUGAACCAUGUGCACACAGCCUUUUAAUUGAGAUGAAUUUUUUUUGCCAAAUGUAUUUAUUUGAAGUAAUGUAUAUGUGUAAAUAAGGUAAGUUGUUUUCUUCGUGCGGGAUUGCAUGUCACACUUAAAUAUUUAAAAAUGUUUUUAUAGUGAUACGGAAAGAAUUGAUUUUGGUGAAUUUCAAGAAUUAAGAAGUCUGUGUUGCCGUUACCUGCCAAGGUAACUGGAAAGAUACAGACAAUUUGCUCAAAAGAGGGAGAGUCCCAGAUCUGAGUUGUCGUUUUGGCUAAAUAGUGAAUAUUUACAGAUCGGCUAUAAAUAAAUUCUUGGCAACUGGUGAGAAACAAUGUAUGUAGCACUGUAAAAGUUACAGGACAAAUUGUCAGGUGGAACUUUAAGAAGGUAUACAUGUAUUUUCAUUUGAACAUACUGAGCCUUGGCAACUUUCAAUUUGGCCAGUGAGUCAUUUUCUUAAAUGUUACACUUGUUUUUGUAGUUAUUGAUGGAAAACUUACCUAAAUAUUCCAGCUUACUCUCUUUGCAUUCUGAGCCAUUUUCAUUCAACGACAAAAUCACGGUGGCCUUGCCCCAGUUAUCUGCUCUCUUGAGACCAACACUUAAAAGGUGUAUGAAAUGAAUCCGUUAAUGCCACCAGAGGGCGCGGUUCACUAGAAUGUCCUUUUCUUCUUCUUAGUGAAUUCUUUCAUUACCGGAGAGAGAUUCUGCUUGGAUCAAAACGUCAGGGCUUCCAUAUUUCUGAUUAUGACAAGUGGUGAGAAAAUGUAAAUAUAACAUACACUGCAGAACAAAUUAGUUAUACAGAACUCCAUCACAAGUUCUGAGGAAGUUACUGCUAGUGAUUGAGAGAUGACCUGAGAUUUGUUCGCGUUUAUAAAAAUGUCCGAUUUACAGAGCCACCUACAUGUAGCCAGUCUACAAAAGAGUGUCUUGUAAUCCUGGGCUUCUUACGUGUACCUCUAUCUCUUCAUGGUUGAUUGGGGCGAUAUGUAUUUGGUGUACGUGUAAAUUAUUAAAUCGGAGGUAUUCAUUGGGGUGAAGCAACGCGACAGUCAUGAUGCGCAUGACAUUAUGCUCAUUAUGUAUGUACGCUGUAGGCCUAAUGACAUCGGCAUAAUAAUUGGCGUUGUGUUUUUUGAAGACAUGAAUGAGCAUAAAAUGCAGUUGUGUCAUUGUCGAUAAAAUAUACAUCCAAGUAUGUAGUCAGGAGGAGGUAAUGUUUGCUAUGGCAACAAAAAAAUGUUUGCGGGCAGUACAUGAAAUUCCAUUUGAAGCCCAUCUUUAUGUAAUGUUACCAUAUCAUGUAUUUGAUUUUACAUUUAGGCGUGUAAAUCGUUCGACGCUGUCGGUUAUAACUUUGCUUUCCCCACACAAGGAUAUGACGGAAUUUUUUUAAACCUUUACGGCGCUGCCCUUUAAAUCAAUAUUCUCAUUCAAAUCUCGUUGUGAGAUCACGUGCUUCCCGGGAUUUCAACUCUAAUUCGAGAGCGUAUUCUCCACCGUUCGAUUCAAGCCCGACCCAGAGAAGGGAAAUCGAGUGAGAAAGAAAAAGAAGGGGAACGAAGAAGACUAGAGAUCGAUACUCGCUGUUCCGGAUAUCCGUUUACCGGUGCCGCCAACGAGUCAACAUUGACACCGGAUGGCGCUGCCUUGGCCAAGUGCGGGGCAACAGGGACCGUGCUCUAUCUAGCCGCGCAGUCCCAAGCCCAUUAAGUCUUCUCCGCCCGCUCUUUGCGAGUGCUGAAGUUCCGCACUGGAAAUUGAAUAUUAAACACACUUCCGUGUUCACUGACCUAGUAUUUUAACAUAAUGUGGGAUUUACACUCGUCACUUUGAGUCCGUUCGUAGCGAACAGAUAUUUACAGUGUGAAGUUCAUCAUUGAAGCGCGGCCACAAGGCAUUUUUUUUUCAUUUGGAAGGUAAAUUAAAUUUGGAAAGUGAACAGAGUGGAUUGGUCAUAACGUGUCAUUUUCGUUUGGAUGUAAGACAUUAGUAUCUCAGCCUUGUUGCCCUGUAACCAACUUGCACAGGAUUUCCGCGGAGGUUGGACUGGCCGUUUCAUAUCUCGUGAAGUCAUGCGAUGGGACCCCCACCCCCAAGAAAAUGAUUCGCAUUUAAUUGUUGACGUCAAUAGUGUCGAAAAUGUAACAACUUCACUUGCUAAAAGUAGUACAACACGUUAAUUAUAGAAUACAAAUUAGACUCUUACCUCAUGGAUAUCCAACUGUGUCACAGCUCACCCCUGCGAGUAAGUCGGCUGAGGGCGUGUAUAGUUUUAGGCAUGCGAUGUGCUUUGUCUUAGCCAGGGACGUUCGAUAUGACCCUUCUUUUGUAAAAAUGAAUUGGAACAUGGUUGUUGUGCCUUUGACUCUAUGUGAACUGGUCAAUUCUUCAGUGCUACUUUGUAAAUGGUUUUUCUAGUAUAGUCUUCGUAAUUACGAGAUGUAAAUAUUUAAAUUAGUGAACGUACUCAUUGAAGUUGUUUGGGAUAGCUUUCCAGCUGUAAGAGCAAAUGCACCAAUGUUAUGAUGUGGCGUUAGUAGUGAUUCUGUUUUCAAAUUUGACCAGAUUUCACGCGGCUGGAAUUUUUAGACCUGCACUAAGUUUUCAUUUUGUCCAAAAACUGAAAGUAUGAAAAUCAUUUUUUCUCAUUUUAAUCUUGUUUCUCAGAAUGAAUACUGUUUCAUGUAUGAACUAUUAAAUAGAAUGCUUACUUGAGAAACAACUGCGCUUAAAUCUGAAUUCUUGCAGACGAUUAAUUUCAUUCUGGAAAGAGAAAUUCCUCGCUGUCACUCUUGUUACAGCGCCCUCUUGUGAUAUGGCUUUCGUAAGAUUAAUGCUUAUAACCAUUCUUUUUACGAUAACAGUUAAAGAAAUUCUUAAAUAUUAUGAUAAGGAGCGCUGUUACUGUCGGUAUCAAGGUUACGAAACGUGUCUUUAACGGAAGAUAUAACUAAAGUUGCAUUGGACAAAAUUUUGUACAUGAACAUGUAAGAGCCGCUGCUUUUGUUUGGAAGUUAAUUUCCCAACAAACUUAAAGUUACAAUAAAAUUUAAGCGAAAUUAGAGGCAAGGCACAUGUGUUGUUUUUGGCAAUAAUAAGAAGUCGGCAAUGAGUUGUGUUCCCACCAUAUGCAAAGUACUUUUGAUGUUUGUGAGCACCGUCUUCUCAGUUUCUAAUUCUCCUGUUCAUCGGCUUGUUAAUGAAUGUCCCUGUCACUGUCAAUUCAGGUUGUCUUGGUUUGAUCGAUUCUGUGGUUUCAUUAUCCUUCACACGGCUGUUUUUGGAAACACCCUCUAGAAAUGUGCCCCCAAAUAGGAUGCGUCGAACUUGAGAGGGUACACGGACUUGUUUUUUGGACAUUGAGUAGGAAUACAUAAUUUUACACUAUGCAAUGCAAGUGUCCGCAAUUCUUAUGAUCUGGUGGAUCAUGGUACGUGAUAAUCGAUGUUAAAUAAGGUUCAAAAGAGAGUCUGGACGCUUUGACAGCUAGCGUUAAAUGAUUAUGCGUACCAGUAGUUCUUAUGACCAUGAACGAUAAGAAAUUUAUUUAGACAAGGAUAGAAAAGUCCUUCACGAGUUCUUGAUUUAUAAGAUUUGCUUUUGCAACACCAGUUCAGUGAUCUUUGUCAGAAACUAUUUCCUUGCGGUGGUAUUGGCAUGCGAUUCAGGUAAAUAAUGCUUGUAUCCCCAGGUGACAGAGCAGUAACCCGCCGACUUUUACGCAACCUCCCCAUAAAUACCAGAGGCUUAGUUAGUUAUUCAGCCCCAGAAAUGCGCGUAUUUCUCCGUUGGCCAUGGGGGAAAUCCUGUCAGAACACGGCAUUGUAAUC